CCCCGGAAGUGGACGAUGGGCACCGCCCCCUGCCGCGAGAUAGCUACCGCCGCAGGGCGACGUGCGGCCACGCCCCCAGGUGGGCGGAGCCCCGCUGCAGGGGCGGAGCCGCGCCUGCGCACGGCCGCUCCCCGGGUGCCGGGCGCGGCGGCGGGAAGAUGGCGGUGGCCGCUGCCGGUGCGUCCUCGUCGCGCUCCCCGGAGCGGCAGGACCCGCUGUCGCGCUUCACCUGCCCCGUGUGCCUGGAGGUGUACGAGAGCCCGCUUUUGCAGUCCGUGCCUGCAGGAAUGUCUUAAGCCGAAAAAGCCAGUGUGUGGUGUGUGCCGCAGUACCCUGUCGCCUGGGAGCAGAGCUCUGGACUUGGAAAAGCAAAUUGAAACAACAGAAACCACUUGCAAUGGCUGCAAUAAAAAAAUGUAUCUGUCAAAGAUGCGCAGCCAUGCAGCUUCUUGUUCAAAGUACCAGAAUUACAUCAUGGAAGGUGUGAAAGCCGUAACAAAAGAACCACUUCACAACACCAGGAACUUCCCCAAUCGCUUUACCUUUCCUUGCCCAUAUUGCAGCGAGAAAAACUUUGAUCAAGAAGGACUAGUUGAACACUGCAAAACAUUGCACAGCAUGGAUGCAAAACAAGUGGUUUGCCCAAUUUGUGCCUCAAUGCCAUGGGGAGAUCCAAAUUACAGGAGUGCUAACUUCAUGGAGCACCUUCAGAGACGCCAUCGCUUUUCGUAUGAUACUUUUGUGGAUUAUGAUGCUGAUGAAGAUGAUAUGAUGGCACAGGUUUUGAUGCGUUCUUUGCGGGAUAAAUGAACCAACCAGAAGAUUAACUGUAAAACUCAAGCUUCCAUGAGGGGGAAAUGCCCAGCAUCCUUGCACUUCUCCCUGUACAUUCCGAGAUUAACUCAGGCAUCCAUAAAUACGGAAGACUUCAAUCCCUAUCCCAGUUUCAAAUCCAAGUUGAUUAUGUCUAUAAAAAUGGUCUGUACCAUUCAACCCUGUUAACCUAAUUUUCUUACUUGCUUCACACAAAGCUUCGUUGCAACAUGGAGGAGACAAAUCUGUUGUCUUUUAAUAAUUUCUUGGUUUCUUUUGCAGUUGUGUUCAUUUGAUAGUCUAAAAACAAAAACAUUCCAAAUGGAAUGGCCUGACCUAGUUAAUAAAUAUCUCUUCCCAGUCUCAUUUACAUAUCUUAAAUGCUAGUAGGAGAGGAGUAGUUGUAGCUCUGUUUUCCCUUAGUGAGACCUCUAGGUGCUAACUGUAAUUGUCAGACCAACUCUCAUUUAAACUGACCUAUGAUACCUGUGAUUUCAUAACGUUUCCCAGUGUUUAAAUUCUCAGACACAGCCUCUCAACUAUAUGGAAAAUACAUCUUUAGUAGGAGUCUUCAAAUUACAGACUUUCUUAGCAAAUCUUUGCACCUCUUAAGCAACUUUUUGUUCUGUAUAUGAUUAUUACUUUCUUCCAUGUUUUGACCAUAAUUUCUAGCCUGGAAGAUAAACUUUAAUGCUGGUCUAAGGUAAAAUGCAUCAUUUUUAAACUGUCUUAGCAAAUCUUAAUCAUAUUUGCAGGCUUUGUGAUUAAAUUGGAGGUUUUGAAACAGAUUUUCUAGUGACUUUAAGCCUUAUGCUGAUAGGGGAAUUAAGAAGGGUGCUUUUUUUUCUUCAAUACCUCUGCUUUCUAUUUAAACUGAAGUUUUCAUAUAUGAUCCUAGUUUUUCCAUCUCUCAAGGCUGGUAGCAAACCUUACCAUCAGUUCAUAACACUUGCAUAGCACUACCUUUCUGCAUUACAGAUUUUAAGAGGUAUUUUGAAUUCCUGUUCUUCAUUUAAAUGUUGCUAAAGUAGCUGAAGCUAUACUUGGAGUGUUUUCCAUAUAAUGUGUACAGUUUGCAGGUAAAACUUUUAAAGGAAAGUAAGAUGUAACUCAGAAAGCAGGAUGACAGUUCCAGUACAUGGAAAAUGGAUAUUCUGUAUUCAGGUCUACACUUCUACUAUAGACUUUCCUUUUUAGUUUAAUGUUUUCAUUAACAGUCUGCACAGUCAAGGUGAUGAGAUCUAAGGAUCUAAGACACCUGGCCAGAACUUGUAAAUCAUGGUAGUGUUGAGAUGUCUAGUCUAAUUUAAGCAUGUUUAAUUGGAGCAGUGGACCUGCACCACCACAGGAUUGAGCACUAGUUUAUUUAUUUGACCAGUAAGUUUAGGGUAAUCACACUCUGCAGACUGCAGCACAGCCUUACCCUUAAAACAAUGACAUACACCCUGGUUAAAACCUCUUGAUUAAACCUUGUGUCCAGCCAGACCUCUAACAUCCUUCAGUUGAGCUUGGGUUUAGUAUGUUUUCCCAACCUGUUAAAGACUCAUCUGUAGGUAUCUGCUGCUGACUGGAAGCUCAGUCUUAGGGGCAGGAGAAAUCUCACUGUACUGUGGGAAAAGGUACUGUGUUUGGGGUUGGUUAUUUUUAAUGCUUGAUCUGUAAAGAGAUUACAGUGUAUUAGUGACUGGAUGGGGAUUUCAGGGUUCUGGCUAGAACGCAGUUUGGUGGUAUGCACUGGCCAGAAUCCAGAUUUCUGCUACUAUUCUAAGUGCACUUCCAUGCAAUUCUGAUAAAAUGUGUAAGGAGCAGUUAGAAGCUUCCAAGCAAUUACUUUGUUGUGGUUUUGACUUUUGAAGAUGAAUUACAAAUAAAGGCCAUUUAAUUUAUAAAAUCCUA